UUGAAACCAACCCUAAGCUCUUUUUUAUCUCUGCCUUAAAGGUAGCCCCGAUUAUUGCUGAUUUAAGUAUCGGAGUGUCUACCCCGAGUUCCACCUCGGGGCUUUGCAGGUCACUUCGGAGUACAAGCGCGGACUGAAGAAGGACUUCGGGUUUGGUGCAAUUACAUUAGCGCCGUCUGUGGGAAACAAACUGAAAGCUUUCUAGUUGCUCUUCCAUCAUGGUUCACACUCGAUCAGUCCGAGCUGGCAAUUCAUCUCUGCCUCAUGGGCAAGGUCAACCACACAACAACCUUCCACCUCCGAUCCCACCUCAAGCCCUACCUCAGCUUCCACCUCAGGUCCCAACUAUAUUCCCUCUUGUUGAUCAUGCAGAAGGAGGAGAUGAAAACCAACCUCAUGCCUCAGCUCACAAUUCUACUUCCACUGCCAACCAAGACGUGGUGACAGCUCAGCUUGCUGCCAUGCAGCAGCAGUUUGGUGUUUUUCAGUUAGUAUUAGUUCAGCUUCUAGUUAGAAAUAAUCCUAGUGAUCCCCUCAUUAAUUUAUUAAACCCCGCUCAACAACCCCCAAUUCCACAACAAAACCCCCAACCGAUUCAACCUACUCCUGCUGUUAGUGAAUCCCAAGGUCAAUCCCACAUAGCACCUGCUCAGCAACCCAUCCCAGAUGAUGUCACCCGACGUCUCGAUAGCUUGGAAAAGCUAGUAGCUGAACACCGAGGAUCCGAUGAUCACCUGCAUGCUUUCUACUCUUGCAUGCAAGCUCAGAACGCCUCUGACGCGCUGAUGUGCAAAAUCUUCCCCUCUACUCUACGAGGUAAUGCUCGAACUUGGUAUUAUAGUCUACCCCCGAGGUCAAUUAGCUCUUACACAGAGAUGGCAUUUGCAUUUGCCACUAAGUUUUCCAGUAGAAGGUUGAUUAGGAAAACUACCACUGAAUUGAUGCGAGUUAAACAGAGGGACGAAGAGUCUCUAAAGAACUACAUGAGCAGGUUCAAUGAUGCGGUGUUGGAGGUUAGUUCCUUCGACCAAGCUGUGGGUAUUGCAGCUGUAAUUUCUGGUCUCAAGCAUGAUAGGUUCAGAGAUAGUUUGAUCAAACAUGCUGCCACCACCUUCAGCGAGGUGAAUGAUAGGUCUCUCAAAUUUAUAACUGCUGAGGAAUACGCCUUGGCACAAAACCCACAUUCCUCUAAGAACCAGAACCCAGAAUGGAGAGAUGACAAUCCGAGCCGGAAAAGGAUGAGGAUGGCGCAGAACCGAGGUCCGAUGUUGACCUCCCCAACGAGAUUCGGAAGGAUGAACUCAACUCCCCCGCAACAACCUACAGUCGAGACCAUACCAGAUAUUGGAAUGCUGAAUGAGUAUGGACAACGAGCUGAACAGCCAAGAUUUGUUAGAGAACAGAGGCCGCAGCCUCAAGGAGCCCGCAAUCCCCCAAAUAGGCAAGGUGUGGGAUAUCAACAAACCCCACUUCCACUCCCACCACCUGCUAGAAUCAUACAUAUGAUUACGGGAGGCCUUGAAGCAGGUGGACUGAGCUCUAAGCAGCGAAAGCUGUAUGUCAAGGAGGUUAAACAUCAAAAUCGAGCUCAGAAGCGGAAGAUUGACGAUGCUGAAUGGAAGAAUCAACCAAUUACUUUCACAUCUGCUGAUCUUGAUACAGUUGUUACACCCCACAAUGAUCCUUUGGUCACUUCUGUCAUGAUUAACAACUGUGAAGUACAACGUGUCCUUGUUGACACCGGGAGUGCACCAGACAUAAUGUAUUUCCACUGUUUCAAGAGUCUGGGAUUAGAUCCAGCUCUGUUACAGAAGUAUAAUGGUCCUAUCUAUGGUUUCAACAACCAGCCUGUUUCAGUAGAAGGAGUUCUUACUCUCCAUGUGGCUUUUGGAAGUGGCAGAACCUAUGUAACCCCGUCGGUCCGGUUCCUAGUCGUCAAAAUGGCGUCCUCUUUCAACAUUGUUAUUGGUCGACCCACAUUGACCGAAAUCCGAGCUGUGGUUUCCCAAUCUCACCUCUGCAUAAAAUUCCCCACUCCUAUGGGAAUAACAACAUUGCGAGGAAACCAGGAGGUGGCCAGACACUGUUAUAUCACCUCGGUAACACAACCCAUGAAGGACAAAGCUCAGACUCCCGAAACCAUUCCCCAGCAAAUUUCUGAUAAUCAGCAAGUUAUGGGUGUUGAGAUCGUAGAUAAUCGACCAGAAGAUGAAACCAAAGCUGCUCCGGUCGAAGAUGUUGAAGAAGUGCUCGUUGAUGACAGAGAUUCGAGCCGAAAAACGCAGAUCGGAACUAGAUUGAACCCGGAGGAGAGAGCAGAACUGAUAGCUUUUCUCCGAGCUAACAAUGAUGUAUUUGCGUGGGCUUCGGCAGAUAUGCCAGGAAUUCCAACUUCAGUAUGUCAACAUAAGCUCAGUACCAACCCGUUGAAGAAACCAGUAGCCCAGAAGCGGCGUCUCUUCGGGGGGGAGAGGCUUCAAGCUGUUAAAGAAGAGGUAGAGAAACUCCUACAAGCUGGUUUUGUCCGGAAAGUUGAUUACUGUGAAUGGUUGGCUAACCCAGUUCUAGUGAAGAAGGCCAAUGGCAAAUGGCGAAUGUGUAUUGAUUACACAAAUCUCAACAACACCUUAGGCUUCAGGCUGUUAAAGAAGAGGUAGAGAAACUCCUACAAGCUGGUUUUGUCCGAAAAGUUGAUUACUGUGAAUGGGUGGCUAACCCAGUUCUGGUGAAAAAGGCCAAUGGCAAAUGGUGAAUGUGUAUUGAUUACACAAAUCUUAACAACGCCUGCCCCAAGGAUUGCUAUCCAAUGUCAAGCAUUGACAAACUAGUUGAAGCGGCUUCAGGCAAUGAGAGGUUGAGCCUCUUGAACGCAUACUUGGGGUAUCACCAGGUGCCAAUGGCUCUAGAAGACAAAGAGAAAACCGCGUUCUAUGCUGGUGAUGAAAUUUAUUGUUAUGUCAUGAUGCCGUUUUGCUUGAAGAAUGCAGGUGCUACUUAUCAGAAAAUGGUGACCAUUGUCUUCCACGCUCAGAUUGGCAAAAAUCUGGAAGUAUAUGUCGAUGACAUUGUGGUAAAAAGCCUCAAAGCAGAAGACCAUCUCGCCGACCUCGACGAAACCUUUAACAACCUCAGAAAGAACAGGAUGCGGUUAAAUCCAGCCAAGUGCAUUUUCGGAGUGGAGUCCGGUAAAUUUCUAGGUUUCAUGGUGUCCCGAAGAGAGAUUGAGGUCAAUCCAGAAAAGAUCAGAGCAAUUGCCGAGAUGGAACCGCCGAAGUCAAUUAAAGAUAUACAGAGGUU